AUGCCUCCUGCAUUCGCAUACAUAGCUCUCAAAUUCCCUCGCAUCAGACCCUCCCUCAAUUGUGAUCUCAAAUUACCUCGUUGCAAAGAUUGCGAUCAAGCAGCAGUAGAGAAACGAGCCGCGGAUUCAAUCCUUCCACCACCAUACUAUAUCAAUCCUGUUGCGCAAAUCAAAAAACAAAUCGACUUAACACAAGAGUUGAUCAAGGCAGGAGUGCGGCGAGAAGAAUUGGAGAUGGAGCUUCCUGCUCUGAUGAAAGAAGGUAUGUUGAGGUUACAGAAAAGGGAUGCCAAUAUACGGGGUGCAUGGCAAGGGUACUGGGAGAUUUGGGGGUGGGAACAAGGACAACCUCGACCAUGA